AUGUCUCUGGCAUCUCCCCGGGGUCAUUCGCCCAUCAAUUCACCAGAUCGCAGCAGAAGGCGAUCCCGUUCAAUACGUCGCUCCAGAUCCCCCAGGGAAGAUUCCCACCCGCGAAGUGUCACAAAAAGCCCGCUAGCCACUCGGGAAUCAGAACGUCAUGGCCAUCGAACCAGAAGCAAGACCAGAUCGUUUUCUCGUGGUCGAUCCCGCUCUCCUAGUCGCUCCAGAGGAGGGCGACGUUACCGCAGUACAAGCUAUAGCCGGUCCCCUAGUCCCCAUAAGAAUCUGCCACGGAGUGCAAAGAUCGUGGUAGAAAAACUAACGAGGAACGUCACGGAAAACCACCUGCGUGAGAUAUUUGGUAGCUUUGGGGACAUUGAAUACCUUGAUCUCCCCAUGAAUCGCGCUUGUAAGAGGCUCCUUUCCCCCAAAUUUGGAUACCAUCGGAGUCCCAUACACGCAUCGAUUUGCCUCAACUAA